AUGGUGAAGCCAAUGCUUGAAGAAACCAUAACAGAGCUUUGUAGUGCGAUGCUGCCUGGUGCAGAUUGCUUGAAGGUUGCGGAUUUGGGUUGUUCGGCUGGACCCAAUGCUCUUUUAGUGGUGUCUGAAAUCAUAGAAACCAUUGACGAAACUUGCCGAAGGUUGAAGCAUCCACCGCCAUGUUUACAAGCAUUCUUGAAUGAUCUUCCUGGUAAUGACUUCAACGCCAUUUUUAAGUACUUGUUGCCGAGCUUUUACGAUAGAUUGGAGAUAGAGAAAGGCAACAAGUUUGCUAUAAACAAAUGCUUCGUUGCGGGAGUUGCUGGGUCUUUCUAUGGCAGGCUUUUUCCUCCUAAUAGCUUGCACUUUGUUCAUUCUUCUUAUGCCAUUAUGUGGAUCUCCAAGGCACCAAUGGAGUUGGUUACCAAAGCAGGAACAGCAUUGAACAAGGGCAACAUUUGUGUAGCCAAAACAAGCCCUCGUGCAGUGUUUGAAGCAUACUUGGAUCAAUUCAAAAGAGAUUUCACAUUGUUUCUAAGGUGUCGAGCCGAUGAGAUUGUCCCCAAUGGUCGCAUGCUUUUAACCACCAUGGGCAGCAUCAAGAGCAAUGAUCCCCUUACCAUUUGGGAAUUUGUUGGAUUGAAACUACAUGACAUGGUAGCUGAGGGGUUGAUCGAGGAAGAAAAAUUGGGAUCAUUCGAUCUGCCAUAUUAUGCAGCAAGUACAGAAGAAAUCAAAAGCGUGAUAGAAGCUGAAGGAUCUUUCAAGCUGCGGAACAUGGAGGUUUUCAACAUGGAUUGGGACGAUUACAUUAAAAAAGCCGACACCAAGCAGGUGGUGGACAAGACAACACGAGCAACAAUGAUUGCAAAAGACAUUAGAGCAGUUGGUGAACCUAUUUUGGGCAGUCAUUUUGGUGAAGACAUCAUGGAUGACUUGUUUCGUAGGUUUAAAGAAGAUGUCUUUGACUACAUGGAAACGCAUAAAUGUCAAUUUGUUAAUGUAGUUAUGUCUUUGACAAAGAAGGAUAUAUAA